CGUGACGACUGGGAUGGUGGCUGGGGCUGCAGGCAGUGGGUGAGGGACUCUUGUUGUUGCAGAUGCGGGUGACCUUCGAGGAGGUGGCUGUGUAUUUCACCCCGGGGCAGGGGGCGCUGCUGGGCCCCGCUCAGAGAGCCCUCUACAGGGACGUCAUGCAGGAGAACUACGAGGCGGUGACCUCGCUGGGGUUUCUCAUUCCCAAACCUGAGCUGAUCACCCAGCUGGAACGAGGGGAAGAGCCCUGGGUUCCCGACCUCCAGGACGGGGAAGAAAGAGAGACCCUGAGAGGCACCUGCACAGCAGGUGGUGAGACAGGGCGUGAGAAUGAAGAGGGGAAUCAACAGCAGGAAGAUCCUGGGAAAAUGGAACCACAGGCGACCUUUGUGGGAAGAGCUGAAGGGAAUGUUUCCCAGUGCUUGGAACAGGGAGAAGCCUGGGGAAACUGGUACAGGCUCAAGAGGCUGCUGGGAAAUCACGCAAAGGAUGAAUCUGUGAAAUGUGGGGAAGGACACAAGUAUCCCACCGCCCACCAAACAAACUCCAAAGAAGAAAAAUAUGAUGAAUGGCUCGGUUAUGGGAAGGGAUAUAUUGUGAGCCCAGAGCUUAUUUCAAUUACAACAGUUGGUACUGGAGAGAAACCCCUUGAAUGCUUGGAUGAUGGGGAAAGUGUCAUUAACAGCUCUGAUCUUAAUACUCUUAGGAGAAGCCCAAUGAGAGAGAGAGGCUCUCCGUGCCUUGAGGGUGGGAACUGUUUGAAUUGGAAGUCUUCCCUGACGGUGCAUGAGAGAAGUCACACAGUGAGCCCUCAUAAGUGCUUACACUGUGGUAAAAGUUUCAGAGAGAAGUCAGCUCUGAUUACACACCAGGCGGUACACACAGGGGACAGGCCCCAUAAAUGUUUAAUUUGUGGAAAAAGUUUCAUAUGGAGGUCCUCUCUUGUUGUACAUCUGAAAAUCCACACAGGAGAGAGACCCCAUAAAUGCUUAGACUGUGGGAAAAGUUUCAUACGGAGAUCAGACCUCAUGAAUCAUCAAGCAACCCACAGGGAAGUCAAACCCCAUAAGUGUUUAGAUUGUGGAAAAAGUUUCCUGCAGCGGUCCGUUCUUGUUAAACAUCAGGCUGUCCACACAGGAGAGAGAGCUCAUAGGUGUUUAGAGUGUGGGAAAACUUACACAUGGAGGUCAGCCCUUGUUUCACAUCAGAGAAUCCAUACAGGAGAGAGACCCCAUCAGUGCUUAGAGUGUGGAAAAUGUUUUCUUCGGAGACCCGACCUUGUUAGCCAUCAGGCAGUCCACACAGGAGAGAGAGCUCAUAGGUGUUUAGAGUGUGGGAAAACUUACACAUGGAGGUCAGCCCUUGUUUCACAUCAGAGAAUCCAUACAGGAGAGAGACCCCAUCAGUGCUUAGAGUGUGGAAAAAGUUUCAAAUGGAGGUCCGUCCUUCUUAGGCAUCAAGCAAUCCACACAGGAGAAUUCCCCCAUGAAUGAUUACACUUUGAGAAAAGUUUCAUACGGAGAACAAGGCUUCUUAAAUCUCAGUCAGUCCACACAAGACCGGGACCCUGUGGCUAUGUCUACAUUGGUGUAAGGGUUCUUGUGCAAGAACACAUCCACACUGCCAUGUGCUUUUGCGCAAGAGCAUCCAUGGCAGUGUGGACU